AUGCAACUUGAAUAUUAUAAUCCAAUAAAUAUACGUUUUGCAUUUUCAUGUCAUAAAGAAGAAUUUAAAUUUCAAUUAGGUGCUGAUCCUGCAACACAGAUACAAAAUUCAACUGAAACAACAAUAGCUUCAACAAAAAAGAACUCGGCAGAUAGGAGACGUCAAUCAAAAUCAAAAUUGUCAACAAUUGUUUCUAGUUCAACACAUUCAAGUGAAUUAUCAUUAAAUUCUGAGAGACCACAAAUUCUACCAGAAAAAUUACCAGAUGGACAAGUUAAUAUCAAAGAAUUACCGAUGAUGAAAGAAUUAACAAAUAUAAAGAAACGUUUUAAAACUCUUUGUAAUAAUUGGUUAAAAGAAUGUCGAACAGCAUUAGGUGUCACAGAGGCAUAUUCAUCUAAUCGUUUUAAUAUUUCAAAUAUGAAAUUUAACCAACUCCGAGGUGUUAAAUCACCACGACAUGUAUCAAUGUCAUCCAAACGUGAUUCAGUCAAUAGUGAAUUUCUUCAACCAGGUGAAAAAGAAGAUAUCGUACGAACAAAUUCAGCAAGAAAAUCUGAUCCGGAUAUUAUUGAAAGUACAAUGAUGCAAUUUACGCCUCGUUCAGAACAUGGAAAAGCUAUGAAACAAAAAUAUAAUGCAAAGAGAUUUAUGCCCUCAACAGUUCUACCAGCAAUUAAAUCUAAUUCGAAUAUCAGUGAAGCAGCUAGCUCAAUGUCACUUGAUCUUCCAUUUGCUUGUCCUACUUUGAUUCGUCAACGUCUACUUCAAGAUAAUCCCAUAUCAACAAUCUUAUAUGAUGCAUGUACAUGUCGUGCUGAUCAAGUACCAUUAAUUCAUGAUCUUGAAUUUGAUGCAUUUAUUAGUUUAACAAAUCAAUUAAAUUCUCGUCAAUUAGUUGUUAUAGGUAUAACAAAUUCGAAUAAUCGUCAUUUUGAAAAAGAACAAACAAAUGAAUUAUAUGAAAUUCUUCAAAGUUUACAUUAUCAUCUUUAUUCUGGUCGUAGUCAAUUAUGUUCAUGUCGUUUAUCAACAAAUGAUGAUUAUCGUUGUUUAAUAUAUGAUUUAGCUCAAGCAAGUAAACAAAGUCAUUCUCAAGGACCAUUACUUGUUCGACGACAUCAUGUUCAACCUGGUUUUGUUCUUAUUUAUCAAAAUGGACGACUUAUUUUUGGUGAUUCAAUUUUUAAUGGUUAUGGAACAAAUGUACACGAUUUACAAAAUCAAUUAAAUCGUAUGAGACAACAACAAAUUGCUUUACCUGAAGAAUUUAAAUUUAUUUCCGAUCAACGGCGACCAAAUACAACAAUUCUGAAAUCUAUUUAA